AUGAAGGUCCAUCUGUUGUUCUCCUUCGUCGCCACCGCCAGCGCGCUCUCCUAUGAGCUGGCAGCCACGCUCCCCUGGACGCCGAAAAACGCAACGAGCGUCGACCAGAGCACCGUCUACAACGACACCUACUACCUCGCAGACCGCACCAACAGCGCUGUCCAUGUCAUCGACAUAGCUACUAACGAGGAGAAAGCCCCGAUCACCGGCUUCAAGGGCCUGUCCAUCCGCAACAACAAGCCUGACUCUGCCACCUCCGGCCCCGACGGCCUCGUCGUCUUGCCUGACCGCAACGAACUGUACGUGGGUGACGCAGACGGACUCGUUCGAGUCGUCGAUCUGUCUGAAAACAGAAUCGUGGCCAACAUCUCGACCAACGCGACGACCCGCGCGGAUGAGUUUGCCUACGAUCCGCAAACCAAUACGGCCGUGGUGACGAACCCAAAUGAAGUCCCUCCCUUUGUAACUGUCAUUUCAGCGACAGAGCGAUCAGUGCUGGGUCGCAUCGUCUUCAACAACGCCUCUGGCCUCGAGCAGCCCGCGUGGAAUCCCGCCAGCGGCCGGUUCUACAUCUCCGUGCCCAGCACGGGGGCCAACCCGGGCGGCGAGAUCGCCGAGAUCGACGUGACGAGUCUGACGAUCAGCAGGGUGCUGCCACUGCCGGAAUGCAUCCCCGCAGGCAUCGUGUUCGGCCCGGGGCAGAACCUCUUUGUCGGGUGCAGCCAGGACCAGAUCCUCACGUACGGCACGGCGUUCAGCCCGGUGAUCGACGUCGCGACGGGCAGGAUCAUUGCCAACAUCUCGGGUCUGUCGGGUAUCGACCAGGUGGCGUACGAUCCCGCUGCGAUGCUGUACUAUGCCUCUGCGUACCAAAAUCUAGCUGGGGGUAGCAAGUCCGGCACACCGACGCCGCAGCUGGGCAUCGUCGAUGCGAGGAGCAACACGCUCCUCCAGACGCUGACGACGGAUAAUGUGACUGCGCAUUCUGUCGCCGUUGACCCAAAGACAAACCAGGUGAUUGUGCCGCUCGCAAAGGAUGGCAUUGCAGUGUACAGUCCUGCAGCCAAUUCCACCGGCGGCAGUCAAUCUGGGAACGGAACUGCAACAGCGACGCAGUCAGGGGCAGCGAAACAGACGAAUACUGGCAGGGCUAACCGGCCAGCUGCCUGCCUGAGUGGAAUUGCGGCGGUUGCAAGUUUUCUCCUAGCGAUGUGCGCUGUGUAA